GACAUAUAUACUUGUUUGCAACUGUGGGCCUUGGUCCUCAACUGUGCAUCUGUCAUAUGUAACAGGCAAUGCCCUUUUCACCAAGAUCCAAGAUCAGCACCAGAGGGGUUUGAUGUUAUGACCAGUGUUGGCCAUUAUUCCAAUGGCCUCAUGACCCUAUCCAACCUUGGUAUUCACCUGCAAUAUAACUCUGGUGCCAUGGUUGCCUGCUCU